GUGGCCAUCAAAGUGUAAACAAGAUCAGCUGGGUCGCCUGUACGCUCUUAUUUAACCAUUUUUAAGUGAGUUCCCAUCGUUUUUUGGAUUUGCUGGGGUCCAAAAUGGACUAUACCAUGAGAGGAGGACGGCAGCGUAAGUCUGGUUCAGGAGAGCAGGUUCGUGGUGGGAGAGUGUUAAGUGGUGGUUCGGGUGGAACCAGGAACGUAGCAAGCAUGUAUGACAGCCAGUAUGACGUGUAUGGGCAGCCUCGUAACCAACACCCGCCUCCGGCUCCCCCACCCCCCCAACUCUUUGAAGACACCAGUGGACAAAAUUUUGCCUAUGGUAACCAAGGAUACGGCAACAUGAAUUAUGGAUAUCCACCACCUGGGCAAGCAGACCAGGGAACAUCUGACUCUUUUGGAGCGUAUACCAGAGGUGUACCAGGUGCUCAGAUCUUCCAGGACCCCAUGGUGGCAGGCAUGGCCAUGCAGUAUGGCCAGACUCUAGCUCACCAGGGUCGAGAGUAUGUGGACAAGAAGCUAGAGAAGUACGUCAGCAUGAGCCAGGUCAAGUAUUACUUCGCCGUCGACACCCAGUAUGUCAUGAAGAAGCUUAAACUGCUCUUCUUUCCCUUCACUCACUCGGACUGGAGUGUACGAUACGAGCAGGACGAACCCGUACAGCCUCGUCAUGAAGUCAAUGCUCCCGACCUUUACAUCCCCUUGAUGGCUGUAGUUACCUACAUCCUGGUAGCUGGACUUUGCUUAGGCCUACAGGAGAGUUGCUGGAACUGCCACGUUGAGUACACCAGGUUUUCACCUGAUGUACUGGGUAUGCAGGCCAGUUCAGCACUGGUGUGGCUGGCACUGGAGAUAAUAGUGACACUCUUGACCCUCUACAUCACUGCCAUUAAGACCUACAUUAAAGUCUUGGAUCUACUAGCAUUUGCUUCAUACAAAUAUGUUGGAAUGAUUUUUGCACUUUUGGCUGGCUUGCUGAUGGAGAGUUUGGGCUAUUACUGCAUCCUGGUGUACAGCAGUCUCAGCCUUGUUGUUUUUAUGUUCCGAACACUUCGAUGGCAAGUUCAAGGAGGAGAUGGAGCGAUGGAAGCGUAUAGUGCUGGCAACAAGCGACGCCUGUACUUGCUGUUGUUCAUGUCGGGUAUUCAACCUCCCAUGAUGUGGUGGCUUACCAAACACUUGGUGGCCAUCUAAAGUACACACUUUCAUACUUUGUUAGCUUUAAAGUGCUAGGUGGCCAUCAGAUGUUCAGGACUUAAUAUUUUUUCAGCUUUAAAACACUUAGUGGACUUCUGGAAUUAAACACUUAUUGUUUCUUCAGCUUUAAAACUCUUGGCAGAUAUCUGAAGUUCAACAACUCAUAUAUAUUUCAGCUUAAUAUAGUAACUUGUAUUAUUAUUGAAUGAAAUGGAUAUUAUUAAA